CUCGCCAUGAGAUCCUUUGUCAGUUCUCCUAUCAUAUAGAUUCUCGAGAAGUAAAGAGCGAUUCUUGUUUGGGAGCACCUUCUAUUUUGAUCCAGUCGUAGGCUUCACAUUCUCUCAGAAUCCGAAAUCCAAAACAUAUGUCUCAAAUUCACCUUUCUACACCUUUUUUCGUAGAAGACAAGGGAAAAUACCUCCUCCCAGGUCCCACAUAUAUUCAAUGAAGGGACUGUGAUUAUUAUUCAUAAUACAAUUUUCAUCUCUCUCACGAAGUUGCGCAUUUCUGAUACAACAUUCAUACCGUCCGUCUAUCGAGAACUCAGCCAUUAAUCCGCGAUCCAAGAGCCAUCUCAAUCACGCAAAUAAUUGGAAAAUCCACCGAUAUCGAUAUCAACGGAAGUCAUGUCGCAAACCAGUAUCAAGAACCUAGCUUCUCGAGACCGAAAGCAAGAACAGUGCAAUGUCGAAGUUUCAACUCGACAACGGGUCGAGAAUAUCACACGAAAUAAAGUAAUGUGGCAAAAAAAUAUACUUCCUGGGGGUCGAGUCGACUGGGUUAUAGUUGGUUUUAGUGCACCAGUACUCAUCGAGAAGAAGGUUGACGUGCAAGUUGGCGCCAGAGAGAUUUUCGCAGAACAGAAUGAGAAGGAUUCUGAACGUCUUAUUGUUGCCGCGGUCCCGAUCGAGCUAUCAAGCACAAUCAAAAAUGGUGAACUAGAUCUGCUUACUGGAAAGGGAGAUUCAAGAGAGGUGGGUAAAGAUAAGGCGGGGAAAACGGGAGCAAUCAUCAUGAAGGUUGUCACCAAAGAAUUCAUCACUCUCGAGAACAAUAAUACAUCUGGGCACAGUUGCGAAGCAAUAAAGUCUAGAGAUACCUUUGGGAACCAUGAGGAGUCUGAAGAGAAAAUGACUCUUUUAGAAAAAGGAGGCAAACCGGUACCAUUUGAAGGCAGAAGCGACGACAAAGCUCCACCCACGAUAGGUGAACUCUUCAAGCCUCAAAAUUAUACAAGCUCGGUGGCGUCCCAUAGUUUGCCUAGCGUAUCCGGAAGAAGAAGUAGAGACCUUGGAAGGGAGCGUAGAGAUUCACAUUUGAGAAUGCCGAGCAAUCAAGAGUCAAGAGCCACACGGUCAACUUUAAGCCCAAAAAGACGACUCAGCGAUCCUCAGUCACGAGCUUCAUCAAUCACGUCAACAUCAGCGAGGAGACCACAUCCUGCCGAAAUCUUAAAAUCAUUCCGAAGCAGUGUAUUUACGAGUUCGAAUAGUCUCGGAGCGGUGUACUCUCCUAUCUUCAAUACAAAAAACUCGAAGGCACGCCUCACUACCUCAGUCUUGCCAAGAGACAACCAAUCCAUACCGAGAAGACCCAAAACGACAAUCACUGUCGCUUCAAGAAUGAUAACACAUGCUUUGGGUAUACGAGCGGUUCCUAGAGUGCUAGAAUCCAAGGUAGAAUCUAACUAGACUUUCUUUUUGCAUGAAGCAAUAUAUGGAGGGGUCUGAAAAGGUUCAAAAAACUUGUUGAUAUUGCAUGGACUACAAUCAUGUUAGCGUUGGAUGUUCUUUCUCUUUCCAGUCUAAAGUUUUACAGGCAACUUCCUCAAACCAAAGGAUCUAUCAUUCAUGGAAGAUAGAUCUGUCAAA